AUGCCCCCUGCCCCCCUCCAGAACCCGCCGGGCUGGUGUGGGGACAACUUGGGGGACCCUCCAGGGACCCCCUGUGAUGAGGGGGUGGGCUCCCAGAGUCACCAAGGCUCGGGCCAGGGUUCUCAGGGACAAACGAACGCAAGUGCGGCUCCAGGAGGUCCCGCGCAGACGCCUCCUAAACCACUGCAGGAGUUUGUAGGUGAGAAGCCUGUGGAGCAAGUUGCUGUUACCUUCAUCACAAACCGAGACCCGGGCCGCCCCUCUGCAGAGAGACCGCCAAUGAAAGAACGGCCUUGCCGGGGCCUCGCCGAGUUCCCCGAGGGCUCGGGGCUGGGGCCUCCCGCCGCUCCCGCCGCGCCGUGUUGGUCUGCAGAGGGGGUGCCAAGCCCCAGAGAGCCGCCACCCUGGGGGACAGCAGAGGGAGGUGGGCACCCUCUUUUCAGCUCUCCUUCAUCCUGCUCACCGUGUGUCCUCUUGUUUGGGAUCCAGAACCCAGAUGACAUCACCGUGCAGGGGACACGUGGCUGUGGGAGGAUGUGGGGCUGUGCACGCAGCCUCCACUGUCCGCGCCGGACCCCACCCUCACAGUGGGCAUCUUGGUGGUUUGGGGAGCUGCGUGGGCGGUGGGGGAGCCUGUGCCGGGAGUUUGGGGCCCCGGGUGCUCAUCCACCACCUGCCGUCAGGUGGCCUCGGGGAACCUGGCGAGAGGAAAAGUGCCAGGGCCUGUGUCACCGCAAGGGUGCAUGGCUGUCGCUGACAUCGCCACAUCCGCGCGGCAGGCCCGGCCCCCAGGCAGUGCCCUGCAUGUCGGCGGCCCCGGGGUGGGCUGUGCUGCACGGCCGGGAGCUGAAGCUGAGCCGCUGUCUCUGCACCCGGCUCCGCACCCAGCUCUGCCCUGGGCCGGCUUGGCUCCUGCAGGAAGCGGCCUUGCAGCUGCGCCCUCCAGCUGUGCCCCCUCCAGCUGUGCCCUCCCCCAGCUGUGCCCCCUCCAGCUGUGCCCCCUCCAGCUGUGCCCUCCCCCAGCUGUGCCCUCCCCCAGCUGUGCCCUCCCCCCGCUGUGCCCCCUCCAGCUGUGCCCUCCAGCUGUGCCCUCCUCCAGCUGUGCCCCCUCCAGCUGUGCCCCCUCCAGCUGUGCCCCCCAGCUGUGCCCUCCCCCAGCUGUGCCCUCCUCCAGCUGCGCCCUCCUCCAGCUGCACCCUCCAGCUGUGCCCUCCUCCAGCUGUGCCCUCCUCCAGCUGCGCCCUCCAGCUGUGCCCCCUCCAGCUGUGCCCUCCCCCAGCUGUGCCCUCCUCCAGCUGUGCCCUCCUCCAGCUGCACCCUCCAGCUGUGCCCUCCUCCAGCUGCACCCUCCUCCAGCUGCGCCCUCCAGCUGUGCCCCCUCCAGCUGUGCCCUCCCCAAGCUGUGCCCUCCUCCAGCUGUGCCCUCCUCCAGCUGCGCCCUCCAGCUGUGCCCUCCUCCAGCUGUGCCCUCCCCUAGCUGUGCCCCCCUCCACCUGUGCCCUCCUCCCUCUCCCUGGCAGGGCUGUGGGGGGUCGGGGGUCAGGGGUCAGUGUCACAAGACUGGGAGUGGGGUGGUGGUGGAUGGUGGAGAGGCCAGAGGGUGGACGGGACCCUCCCCCUGACCGAUGGGCUGGGGGGCAGGCGGGACUCCCACCCACCGAUGGGCUGGGGGUUCUGGGGGGCGGGACUCCCGGUUGUUGUGAGGAAGAAACUGGGGGCAAGCCCCAGAGUAGCGAGCUCCCCUACCCGAGAGCCCUCACCUGGCACCUGGCUGAGUCCCCUCCUGCCUUUGCAGGGGGACAAGGGAAGGAUGGCAUCGGGCACACCCCAGCACCCACGCUGCAGCGACUCAGGACUGGACCCCGGCGGCAGCCUCUGCCCUGGGCCCCGGCUGCUGACCCUGGGCGGCCCUGUCCCACCACAGCCGUGGCUGCUGCAGAGGCCCUCGAGGACCCCCCUUGGCUGACCAUCCCACCCACCUCACGGAGGUCAGCGAAGGGCCUGGAGUUCACAGGCCGCUGCCACCAGGGGCCGGGCGGGAGCGCCAGGGAGCCCCAGGCCCGGCCUGUCCUCCGCAGCUGGGACGCGGCCACGGGGGGGCCUCUUCAUAGACCCGAAUUUGGGGCACCUCCAGGGGGCUGCUCAGAGGGCCUGGGGCCAGGCGGGCCUGGGGGUGGCCGGAGGACCACGGAGGGCCUGGGUUUGUGCCCCAGAUGA